AUGCCAGUCACAAUUCACCAAGAUGUUACUGAGCAGGACCAAGCAUCGUCCCUUCGUGUGGAACUGAAAGAGUGGGAGAGGGCUUUUUCCGUCGCGAAUGGCGGUCGGAAGCCCGGGCGUGAUGAUAUCAAACUUAACCCUGCCAUCUCCGCGAAAUACAAGACAUAUUCCCGUCUACGUUCACAGUCGUCGAAGUCCAGCCAUAUCAGAACAGAGGAAAAUGGCGAACAAAACGAGUCCCUCCAAAAUCGACACAGGAAACGCAAACGGCUGUCAAAUACGGAGGGGAAAGAAGGCGAACGAUCUUACUCUACACCGCGGAAAGCCCCCAAGCAAAUUCUGGCCACACCUAGCAAAGGAUCAUCGUCUCUUCCAACCUCCCACCCUUCCCAGCUAGAUCCAUAUGACUCCCCAUCCACUCUACGGAGACUAUUCAGCCCCAGUAAUCAUCAGGGACCCCACUCAUCUUCGCCCCUGCCACUCCGUGCGGCCAUUGGUCCCACCCCGCAGCGCAAUGGGAAAGCUCUGGGUUUAUUUGACCUCCUCUCUUCGUCCGGAGGUAGUUCCCGAGGCGGUGCCAUUGCAGCAACGCCGUGCUCGAAGAGAAAAACAUAUAACCAGGAGGACAAUGUUUUUCAAACUCCCACACGGCAGAGAGGUCAAUUCAAUGUGGUUGAUUUGAACGAGGACAACGACGAUGAUGAACGCUACGCCCGCGUAAAAACCCCAGCGUCAUCUGCGAAGAAGUUUUACCUGGCGAAUUUCUUCGCCACGCCUCCUGCGUACCGCUAUACCAAUCCUGCUAAUGAGCAUGACGACGGGAAUCUGCCCAACAUCAGCCAUAACACGAAAGGGAAUGGACAAAGCCCUAGAUCAACUGGGGUGGGCUCAGAUACACCCUCAUUCCUUCGACGGAGGGGUUUAUUCUCAUCAAUCAACUCGCGUCAAAAUGCAAGAGCUGGUAAGCUGCACGACCUGAGCCCCGUGGCGGUACGGAUGCCACAGAAACUAGUCGGGAAGGGUCUCAGUGCCAUCGUCAAGGGCCUGCGGGAUAUCCAAGAAGAGCGAUUGGACGAUGACCUGGACGUGCUCAGGGAACUUGAAGCGGAGCAAGCUGGACAACAUGAUAACGUUAUCGUCAGCGAUAGUCAGUUUAAGAACGGGGAUGGCGAUGGCGAUAAUGAGAACAAGGGCGGUUACGGUGAUGGUGAUGCGCCCGAUAACCCAAAAGCGGAAACACGACAAUGGAAGAAAAUGGGACAGAAGCGAAAUACACGACGGGUUAUUUUGAGGCCCGUGCGCGCAAAGCUGCAAGCAGCACCUGAGGUACCCGCGGCGGCCAUUGAUGGCGAGAGUGACAAUGAACUUGCGGCCGUAUUAGAAACGCAGCGCAACAUUCCUCCACCAGAGCUUGGCGAUAAAGGCGCGGACAGUGACCCAGAUUUCAACUCCGCGACCGAUUUGGACUCGGACUCAAACUACGAAGAAAACGCGGAACUGGCGUCUCCAUCGCGCACCAGGAAAAGUAAACCUCUUCCCAAUCACAGUAUGGCAAAGGGAAAACAGGCUACGACUGAAGCAACAGCUAUAACUGCUGCUGCGAAUACUGCUCCUGGGACGGCGGCAGCUAAGUCGAAGAAACCAAUCAAACCAGAGGCCCAUGCGAAUUACCGUGCGCUGAAGAUCCGAGGGAAGGGGUCGGGGCCUAAGCGGAGGUUCGGGGGGAGGUUCCCGGGGAGAUUUGGUGGGAGGAGGUAG